AUGGGACAGACACAGCAAACAGGGAAUUGUGAGGAGAUCGAUGUCAAAUCCCUUCAGGAUAUGUAUAAGAAAUUUGUCCUAGAGUGCCCAAGUGGAGUACUUUUCCUGCACGAGUUUAAACGUUUCUUUGGAGUGGACCCAACCGGGGAAGCAUCUGAUUAUGCGGAGAACAUGUUCCGGGCCUUUGACAAGAAUGGGGACAACACAAUCGAUUUCCUAGAGUUUGUGGCAGCACUGAAUCUUGUUUUUCGUGGAGACCUGGAGCAUAAAUUACGCUGGUCAUUCAAGGUGUAUGACAAAGACGGCAAUGGCUACGUGGACAGGAAUGAGCUGCGGUCGAUAAUUGAUAGCAUCUAUCGGAUCAAGAAAUUCUCAAAAAAAGACAUGAACGAGCCCAGUCUGUCGGUUGAUGAGGUCGUGGAACGAAUAUUAGAUGCUGUUGACUUUGACAGAGAUGGUCACAUUACUUUGGAGGAAUUUGUUAAAGGAGCACAGCAAGAUUCAUGGGUUCUUAAUAUGUUAAGGUUGGACAUGAAUCCGGCUGGAUGGGUCCUGGAACAGAACAGAAGAAAGAGUGCUAACUUCUGA